UGGAACAAAAUUAAGGAUACUUUCGUCAUUUCAACUUUACUUUUUCCAAUGACGACAUGAUCUUCCCCAUUCCCAUUCCCCUCCCCUCAGACACUAUACAAGGGCUCCAGUUUUUGUUUUUAUAUUCAGGAAAACCCGCGAUUUUCUCGAUGGUCAUUGCUUCCGCUUAUAUUUUAAUAUUUCAUUUUUUUUCUCAUUGAUUCUUUCUCUUUGCAGUGACCAAAAGAAUACAUAAAACUUCUGUCUCCUUUCUCUUCCAAAACCGUUUGUGCCCUCAGUUUUGGUUGGGUUUAUAACAAUAUUAAAAGCCAAAUCAACUAGCUUGCGUGUCUGGGUUUUUCUUGGGGUUGUUUGAUUUGCAGGAGUUGCAUGGAACGAGCGAGUAGUUUUGGGAGGAGUUGACAAGUGAGGGAGGAGGAAGAAGAGAGAAAGAGAGAGAUAAGUGAUCUCGUGAGGGCCGUGAGAAGAUGCCCCACCGAACAACUUACUUCUUCCCUAGGCAAUUUCCCGAUCGUGGGUUCGAUGCAUCUUCCAAACAACUAUUGGAUCACGAGAAAAAGCUCGUCAAGGAAACGUCAACAACAGCUACAUCAACAGCGGCUACUGUCGAAAAUGAACGCAAUAAGUCAAUCUCAAGGAGAGCUACAAACGAGUUUACCACGCCAGCUGCUAAGACCAACAACAACAACAACUCUCCGCUAUCAGAUCUUUUCAAGGACGAAAAUUUUCAUGCCAAAAAGCAACAGCUCGCCGCUUUCCGCGAUUGGUUCAUCCAGAAAAAAGCUACUACUGACAGAUCACGUCACGUGAAACCUUCCUCUCGACGUCUCUCUUCGACUACUGAUCAUGAUGAAGAUCGCCAGCUGUUAUUACCUCCGGAACCAGCUCCACCGCAGACAACUUCCCCUCCUUCUCCUUCUCAUCCAGCACCUGCUCCGGAAACCACCACUGUCGUUAAUGACCGUAGCGUUGACCGCAACUUUGAUUGUCAGGUGUCACUGCCGAGGUUCUCGAGUGGUAGUAGUUAUGCAGGGAGUUUGUUUUCUGGGACGGCAUUAGAUGGCAACUUUUCGAGUGAGGUUAAAGAUAUAUGGACUAACGAGUCGUCGUUGACGACUGUGCCGGCGACAAGGGAAGUCGAGGAACCGGUGGCAGAGGAGGAGAGUAAAAAUAGCUUAGUGCUCAAGUCAAGGGAGAGUUAUUAUUUACAGCUUAUGCUGGCCAGGAGGCUUACUUCUCAAGCAAGUCUCCUCAGUGAACCCUCGCUUUUACAAGAAUAUCGUGGACCUGAUGUCGCCGAUGCAGAAACUGUUUCUUAUCGACUUUGGGUUAGUGGGUGUUUAUCAUAUAGUGAUAAGAUAUCAGAUGGUUUUUAUAAUAUUCUUGGGAUGAAUCCGUAUCUAUGGGUGAUGUGUAAUGAGUUUGAAGAGGGAAGACGCUUACCACGUUUGAUGUCUCUUAAAGAAAUUGAACCCAGCGAGACAUCCAUGGAGGUUGUUCUUGUUGAUGGACGCGGGGAUAUACGCCUCAAAGAGCUUGAAGAUAAAGCACAGGAGUUAUAUUGUGCUUCAGAAAAUACCUUAGUGUUGGUUGAGAAACUUGGAAAGCUUGUUGCUAUAUACAUGGGGGGAACUUUUCCAGUGGAGCAGGGGGAUCUUCACAAACGCUGGAAAUUGCUUAGUAGGAGAUUGAGGGAUUUUCAUAAGUGUAUCGUGCUCCCCAUUGGCAGCCUAUCAAUGGGACUUUGCAGGCAUCGUGCAAUCCUCUUUAAGAAAUUGGCAGACUAUAUAGGUUUGCCAUGUAGGAUUGCUCGAGGAUGCAAAUAUUGUGCAGCAGAUCAUCGUUCUUCUUGCCUUGUCAAAAUUGAAGAUGAUCGUCGGUCAUCAAGGGAAUAUGUAGUUGAUUUAGUUGGAGAGCCAGGAAAUAUCCAUGGUCCAGAUUCCUCUAUUAAUGGAGGAUUCCUCUCUUCAAUGCCUUCACCAUUUCAAAUUUCUCAUCUAAAAGAAUUCCAACAACCUUACAUGGAUAAUGCAUCAUAUUGUCAGAUUAGAGACUCAAAGAAUUCAAGUUCUCAUUUCGAGAAUCCUCUACAUUCUGGUGGCAUUGAGAAAUCUCAACAGUUGAAGGACAAUGGUUUGCUUGAAAAUCAAAAGUCAUCAGUAUAUGUACCAAUUGAUCAAGAUUGUUUUGGAAAGGAAUCAUAUUUGAUGCCUUUUGAAACUGCAGCUGGAUCAACAAUGCAUGAAAAUUCUAGACUCGGUGAAGACAAAGUUGCCAUAGAACAAACUCUUAGAAAAGAGAUUGUUGAAUCUGGAAGCUCAGUCGUUAAAAGUGUGAAGCAAUUGAAAGUUAACUUGCCUAGUCAGUCAGCUCCGGAGGAGAUAGGGGCUGAACUUGAUAGUCGGGGCAGAUUCUCCGCUGUAACCAUCCCCAGAUAUCUAAAUCUUGAACCUUCUCUUGCAAUGGAUUGGCUUGAGAUAGCAUGGGAUGAAUUGCAUAUAAAGGAGCGUGUUGGUGCUGGCUCAUUUGGAACAGUUCAUCGUGCUGAGUGGCAUGGAUCAGAUGUUGCAGUCAAAGUCUUGACUGUACAAGAUUUUCAUGAUGAUCAGUUGAAGGAGUUUUUAAGAGAGGUUGCUAUAAUGAAACGUGUUCGACAUCCAAAUGUGGUCCUUUUCAUGGGUGCUGUUACAAAGCGGCCUCAUCUGUCAAUUGUGACAGAGUACCUGCCAAGGGGUAGUUUAUAUCGCCUUAUUAAUAGGCCAGCUGCUGGGGAAACACUUGAUCAGAGGAAGCGAUUACGCAUGGCAUUGGAUGUGGCCAAGGGGAUCAAUUAUCUUCAUUGCCUUAAUCCUCCCAUAGUUCAUUGGGACCUUAAAUCACCCAAUCUUUUGGUUGAUAAGAAUUGGACAGUAAAGGUGUGUGAUUUUGGACUGUCCAGAUUUAAAGCGGAUACUUUUAUAUCAUCAAAAUCUGUUGCAGGAACUCCUGAGUGGAUGGCUCCGGAAUUCCUUCGUGGAGAGCCUUCAAAUGAGAAAUCUGAUGUUUACAGUUUUGGAGUGAUCCUGUGGGAGCUAGUGACCAUGCAACAACCUUGGAAUGGACUCAGUCCUGCCCAGGUGGUUGGUGCUGUAGCUUUCCAGAACAGAAGGCUCUCCAUUCCUUCAAAUACCUCCCCAAAGUUGGCUUCCCUCAUGGAAUCUUGUUGGGCAGAUGAUCCUGCCCAACGGCCAUCUUUUGCUAACAUAGUCGAAGCAUUAAAGAAGUUGCUCAAGUCUCCAUUGCAGUCUAUGCAGAUGGGAACGCAGUAAUGAUGGCCCUCAACUGAAGCCAUUCCUUCUGUUGGAAUAACCUGAGCUGACUUUGGAGAUUUAAUUAACUACAGCAGCACCUGCAACUCUUGGCCGUGUAAUGUUAUUCCACUAACCGAACCUUUUCAGCUCCAAGGCAACUUUAGAUGCCAUCUAACUCAUUUGGAAGGCGGUUAUAAAUCCCAUUAAAAUUGAGGACUACAAUAUAUAUAUAUAUAUAUAUAUAUAUAUAUUAUAGCAAAGCGCUAUAGCUAACUUGCUGUGUUUAUAUAGGUUUUUCGAUGGGGCCGCCUUCCCACAUAAGCUAUUUUCAAAGUGAAAAUCCGAAGGAUUUAGGAAUUCGGAAUUUACUUUGAUAUGUAUUUUCUUUGUAACUGAUGCUGCAUAUGGGCUUUAACCGUAAUCCGUAUUCUAUCAAUGUUGUUGCUUUCUCGUGCUAAUAGUAGAACCAAACUUUAAGAUGCCAGUAAGUCCUCUGGCCUGUAGUUUGUAUUUGUGCUUUUAUGCUUUUCAGGAAGUCCGAAAACUAACCAAAUUCCAUUCUACUAAUUGAAAAUGCACUUUGUCUCGGGUUGUUCUGUUCUGAAGCUGCUGGGAGUUG